CUUUCGCUUCUCUGGAUCCAUCCAAAGGAAAUAGUUCUCUGAAUGCCCUAAAAGGAGGGACCUUUCCUCCUCCCCUCUCCUCUUUCUCGCUGUUGGAGGCUGUUUGGAGACCGAGAGAAGUAAUGGCGUGGAGGAGUCAUCUGUCUCGUAAUCUCAAGGAGCUCCGCUUCCUCUUCUGCCAGACAUCCCCUGCCAGUGCUUUCACCCGUGAAUUCGUUCAAAAGAAUUACGCUGAUCUGAAGAGACUGAAUCCCAAGCUCCCAAUUUUGAUCCGCGAGUGCAGUGGAGUCGAACCACAGCUCUGGGCCAGAUAUGACAUGGGAGUUGAGAGAUGUGUUCGUUUGGAUGGGCUGACAGAUGCUCAAAUUAAUGAAAAACUCGAGGGGCUUGCUAAAGCUGGGGUUGCGCUCUAAGUGUUGAUGAGCCGCGGCCAUAAUGUUUGAGUUGUGUAGAUCAAUAAGAAAAAUUGUGGAACCUUUUGAAUGAUAAUUUAUGAUCACUCUCUACUUCCUGUCUGUGUGGCGGUGGAGUUAAGUGAUUUGGGUUUUGAAAAUUUGAUAGCAUUGGACUAUUAUUUGAAUAUCCUGAGUUUCCUCCCUUGGAAAAGCAUGGCGAGCAGGGGCUGUUUGUCUGGCAUGCCAAUUGCAAAACAAGCGGUGUGCCACUUGUAAUUGGUUUAUUCUCAUCAGUGUGCAUGCAUACAAUUAAGUCCAUUGUUGAUGCUCAUACAGUAACUGAGCGUGUGUGAGCGAUGUUCUUGAUGUGUUCGAAAUAAUUGAACUCAAACAAUUGCAGUUUGUUCUGCUGAUGGUUGUUUGAAUAGAUGAUUUUAUAUUAAAAUA